AUGGAUCCGCCAACUCACGUUAUCGAUCCAGACGGCGAAGUGAUAAUAGUGUUGCUGAAUGUGGAUACUGCAUUCGCGGAAGGGAGCGAGGAUAUGAUUGCCCAUGGGUUGUAUAAUACUGUUUCAGAACUGAGCGAAGACAUAAAGCGUCUCGAAGACUAUACGGAGACGCCGAAGCCGAACCGCCGGGAGAAAAAGAAGAAGAAAAAGGGACAUAAAAAUGCUUGGGCUGAAUUAGACCGAAUUCCCACGCCAAUAGAAGAGCCUGUUCCUGUUGAUGAACCCGUUCCUGUGGAUGAACCUGUUCCUGUUGAUGAACCUACUCCUGCUGAUGAACCUAUUCCUGCCGAUGAACCUGUUCCUGCUGAGGAGAAUGUUCCUGCCGAAGAGCAUGUUCCUGAAGAAGGACCAAUCGAACAGCCUGUUGACUCACCGGACAGGAGUCGCUUCAGGAUCCAAGUAUCUGCAAAGCACUUAAAACUCGCGUCCCCGGUUUUCAGAAAAAUGCUCACCGGUGGUUGGAAAGAAAGCGUCGCAUGUCUAGCGCCGAGCUCGGUCGAGAUUACUGCGGAGAGUUGGGAUAUUGAGGCAGUCUUAAUUCUCCUUCGCGCCAUCCAUGGACAACAAUACCAUAUACCGCGAAAGCUAACACUUGAGAUGCUCGCUAAAGUUGCUGUCAUAGCUGACUACUAUGAAUGCAAGGAGGCUGUAUAUAUUUGGGCAACUACAUGGAUCGACGCUCUGGAGGGAGAGAUUCCAAAAACAUAUUCUCGAGAGUUAAUUCUGUGGUUGUGGAUUUCCUGGGUUUUCCAGCUCUCUACUCAGUUCGAGUACGCAACAUCGAUUGCUAUGUCACGGAGUAAUGGUUGGAUCAGCGGCUUGGGACUCCCAAUCCCUGAUCAAGUCAUAAGUAAGGGUAUAUGGUCUCUAAAACUGGUUUGUCUCUGA